UUUAUUUUAUUAUGAAAACUACUAUGAAGGAAUCCUUAGGCUGAUUGCUUCUGCUGGUUCUCUUUCUAUCAAUAUCCAAAGGAAGAGAAACUAAGCUUCUAGUUGACUUACAAGAACAUGGAAUUACUGCUCCAAGAUAUACUCAAAACCCUGAUUACAUUGUGACUUUCAAUCAAUAUGAAGAAUCUCCUGGGGAGUUAACUGAAAAAGGAAUUUUCCAGAUGCAAAAACAUGGUAAAGAACUAAGGAAAGAAUAUAUCCAAGAUAAAGGCUUCCUUCCAAAUGACUUCAAGCCUCAAAACUUCCACCUUGAAGCAUACAGAGAUGAGCCUAGCACUCUAAGCACUUAUUCUUCAAUGUUAGGAGUUUAUCCUGAUUCCAUUAACUGGAUCCAAUAUCAGCACACCAAUGGAGACUCUGGAGCUCCUUUCGAGAAGCAGGAUGAAAACAAGGUUAGAAAAACUUUAGGAUUAAGUCCUAAUCCAAGCCAGCUCACAACGAGAGAAGCUACAAUUUGGUCAGAGAGUGAUGGCAAAACUUUCUUCAAUGAUCCUCUCUCAAAUUGACCUGAGAUGCAGAAUCAAAUUUCUAAAAACCUUCAAGAUGCUCAUGACAAAUAUACUAAAAACAGAAGAUUUGAUGCCCUUUUUGAUAAGAUGGCAAAUACUUUUGGUGUCGAAAGAAAGGAGAUAACAUUUAAGAGUGCUCAUCUGUACUUAGACGAUUUUGUGACUUCACAAGCUAAUGAAAAACCAGUUCCAGAGUUUGACGAGCAGUUUGUAACAGAACAAAUUAUUCAAAAUUACUACAGAAAAUACUACUUUGAAGGGCUCUUCGGGGAUAACCUUGAUCUAGCCAGAGUAGCAUCAACUCCAUACUUCAACUAUCUUCUAACGGCUAUGUAUGCUAAAUAUAAAACUGAGAAAGGAGAAUUGACAAAUGAUCAUUAUGAAAACCUCAAAUACGCUCAGUUCACAGGCAAUGAGAAUGCAAUGAUAGCAGCUAUUAAACUUCUAAACAGAAAAACCACCGAUCCUGAUAUCUCUCCCAAGUUUGGCUUGACUCUCAGAUUCGAGCUAUUCGAAGAAGCAGGAAAAUAUUUCGUAAAAACCACACUUGAUGGGAAAACAUUUGAUCUUGACGGGAGUCCUGAUGGAAUCAUGUCAUAUGAGGACUUCAUGAAUUUGAUAUAUAGCAAGCUAUAUUUUGGAGACAUUGGCAAUUACUGUAGGGGAUUUGAUACCUUGCAAGGUAAUGAUAAACCAAUCUUGAGCAGCUAUGAAGAAUACAUCUGGAACAUCAAUCCUGAAAUGAGAAUCAGCCAUCAGCUCUCAAGAAGAGGAAAAACUAAAUUUAAUGAACAGUCUUUCGUUGAACUUCUCAAAGACGGAACAACACCAGGAAAGAAUGAUGAAUUUGAUAAAUAUUACUCUUUUAUUCAAGAUCGUAUGAGUCCUACUGGACAGCAAAAUCUGUAUAAUAAAGUUGCUCCUGAAGAAAGAAAGUAUAUGCUCGAGACUUCUUCCUCCAAUUCAAAUUAUGAAUAUUCUCAGCCUGUGAAUACUUACAGUAGUAAUAGUUACACUCAGGCUGGAGGAAAUACCCAAUAUCAGUAUUCUCCACAGCAAUAUUCACAGCAGUAUUCUCAACCAGUUACUACUACAAGCUAUGCAUCAUCUUCUCAGCCAGCAGGAUCAUCUACAACUUAUGUGUCAUCUUCUCAGCCAGCAGGAUCAUCUACAACUUAUGUGUCAUCUUCCCAACCAGUGAGAACAUCUACGAGCUAUGCAUCGUCCUCUCAGCCAGCAGGAUCAUCUACAACUUAUGUAUCAUCUUCUCAGCCAGCUGGAGCAUCCACGACCUAUGUAUCAUCCCAACCAACAGUUGUAUCUUCAAAUUACAUUGCAUCACCUCAACCCAUGGCUUCCUCUACAAACUAUGUAGCAGUUUCAUCCCAGCCAGUUCAGUCCUCCUCUCAAUAUGUUGUGUCUCAGCCAUCAGAUAAUGUAGAGUUUUCAAAUUUAGUUGAAACAUCAGCUGUGGAGUACAAUGCUCCUCCGAGAAAGAGUUUCCCAACAACAUAUGACCCUCAUGUAACAGUUGAAACUAAUGUAGAUGUGCCAUUCCUCCAUCCAGUUGAAGUAGAUCAGGUGGUACAUGAUGCCCAAGUUGUAGCAGUACCCCAGACAGUAAUUCAGGAGAAGAUAGUGAAGGUACCUCAACCAAUUAUCCAACAAAAGAUAGUCUCUGUUCCUGAAAAACCAACUGAAUUUCACCACAUAAACUUGAACAAAGCUCCACAACAAAGUAUUAGUUUUGCCCAAAGUGAAGAGCCAAAGAAAGAAGGAGAAUCCUCUCUGUGGUGGUGGCUAUUGCCUCUGCUGCUCCUUCUUUGUUGCUGCUUGCCUCUUCUUUGCUGUCUUCUCUGGUACCUUUUCUGUAGGAAUAGAAAGACAACUCAACCUAAGCCGAUUAGAAGAGUUGAAAGACAUGAGAUCGAGCCAAAACCUGUUCCUAGAGCAAGUAAUCAUGAAAAAGAAAUCGAAGAAGAUAUCAAAAAAGAGCUUGAAAUUUCUCGUAAUAGGAGAUCAAUCCGUGAAGAUAAGCCUGUGGUCGUUCACGAAACACGCUAUAUAGAACGUCCAAGACUUGUCGAGGAAAAAAACAUUGGAGUUUACGACAGAACUGCAACCUACGACACCAUAAACAGAGUUGAUCGCAACUACCAACACAUUGAUGAUGCUCACUAUGGUCAACAGAGACCUUCAGGAAGGAUCAUAGAAAGAAUCUACGAGCCAGAGACUGUUGAGGUUGUAGAAAGAAGAUCUGUCAGUAGAGGAAGACCCCAAAGUACAGGAAGAAGAAGCACUUAUGUAAACGAGAAGUAUAAAGCUGACUAUGUUACCUCUCCAAAUCGUCUUAGCAAUAUGGGAUAUGUUAACAGAGAAGUUCCAAGGGAAGUUGUGAGACAGACCAUCACUAGAGAUGAAGACUAUGAAAGAGAACCAAGAGCCAUAGGAACAACUCAAGAAGAGAGAUUUGCUAGAGAUGUCAUCCGUGAAGGUGAAGAUGUCUAUAGAUCCUCGAAGAGAAAUACUCGCCAAAGAGUAAGUCGAGGAAGAGAGGCUUCAGGAGGUAAUCAGCUAGUUUCUAGAGAAGUUGUCAGUCCAAAGGCUAGCAAUUAUGAUAGAGAAGAUAGGAGAGGCUACAGAAAAGCUGAAAAAGACAGAGAAUCUCCUCGCUCUUUCACAUCAAAUAGUAAUCUUAGAAAAGACGCUGCUGGAGUGAAAAGAGCAGACUCUAGCUCUGGGAGAAAUGUACAGAAAGAUCUAAACUACAAAAAGAAGAGAAACUUCGAUCAAUUCGAUAGUGAAGAAGAUGAGAGUCUCUAA